AUGACGACCGCCCCGCCCUCUGCUCGUCGCGUCGGCCCCCGCUCUAUCCAGCCGCCCCCAGCCAAACCUGUCACCCUCGCAAAACGCCUGCUCUUCCCUGGUCUUCCUGCCGAUACAGACCUUCCACCUCUCCUCGUCUCUCCUGCUGCCUCGCCUGAGCUCAAUGUGGAACUCUACGACUUCGUAGCCCUUGCGCUGAGAGCGUACGUAAACCCCUGGUGGACGAAGAUCACGCGUUAUGACAAGGAGUUCCUCCCAGAGAUCAACCGCAUCCUCACCGUCGUCUUUCGUGCUCUCGAAACCCGCCUUGUCGUGACCGAUCUGUCUCCUCUGGUGUUCCGCGACCUGCCGACGCUGCUCACCCAGCACUGGACGGACUAUCGCAAUGCUGAGGCAAAGCUGCACACAUCCUACGCGAGCGGUGGCGCGGCGUCCCUCCCCCAGCUCUUCCACCAGAUGCAGCCGCACAUGGCUGUCUCUGCCGAGGGCGUCAUAGAUCCCGUGUACGUGCGCCAGGCCGUAGACCACAUCUUGAAAUCGUGUUUGCCGCCAGACGACUACGAGCCUGAGACCGAGCGAUACAUCGUGCGGGAGGUUGUCCUGAAGGUCCUGGUGGGGAGCGUGCUGCCGCGGGUCACCCAGCCGUGGUUCGUGCACAAGACGAUCCUCGACCUCAUGGGCGCUGAGAACCCUGCAGGCGUGGGUACCGAGGUCUCUAUAGACGACCACACAUCGUCGGAGCGACCGCUUCUCCAACGCCGUGGCUCGCAACACUUCUCCUACCAGGCCUUCGCGAUCCUCGUCCUCUCCGCCGUGCAGUCCGUCUCCGGUGUUUGUCUGUCUAUUCUACACGCAUACAGGCAGGCGCGAGAAACGAUCCGCAAGGUGAACCAGAGCAAGGGCGUGCACCCCACAGACGACCACCCCUCGUCCACGGAAGGCGCACAUAGCGGAGGACGAGAGACUCCCGAGGCGCAGGAUGCGACCCCAGUCCCUGUGCCGCGGACCCCAGCGCUCCCUGGGGUCCUGAGCGUACCGCAGGAUCUGCAGAGCGCGAAGACCAUACUACCCUCCCCGCCCUCGUCUGAGUCGGAGUCGGUAAUGAGCCCGCGGUCUCAGAGCUCCAGCACGCCGCCAGACCCAGCUAUCGCGUCCGUACCUGCACCCACCCCGCCCCCCGCGCCGAUCCCGAACUACACCCACCCCCCACUGACAUUCCUCCUCACGCUCCUCACACCCCCGCCCCCUUCCUCUCAUGCAACGACCUCACCACCCACCACGCAGCCCCACACAACGGCCCGCGCGCUCGCGCACGUCCUCACGCUCCUCGCGUCCCUCGCCGCGCCCUUCCUCGCGCGCCUCCUCCCGUACCUCCUCUAUACACACGCGCUCAGCACACAUGCACUCGCCUCAGGGGUGCGCGCCGCGCGCCGUGCGCUCUUCCCCGAAGGUUGGCCUGCGACUCCGCCCCCUGACCCCACACUGGAGGAGCAGGCGGAGCUAAGGGCGCGUCUGUGCCGGAGGCUUGUCGACUCCGUCCCAAGCCCACUGGGGCUGUGGUUGGGGCCGACGCCUGCAGCACGGGCAGCGACGGUGGACGCGGCUAUCGGCCCAUUGGAUAGUCAGGCAUGCAAUGCGCAUCUCAUAGUGUUCAUUUUGGACCUGGUGCUGCUGACGGUGUUUCCGGAGAUGGGCGUGAGCGAGGAGGGGUGA